AACUUUCAGCUAUUUAAAUGGCAAAUACAACAAGCACCGAUUACAAACUUGACAAUUGCCACCGAGCUGAUGCUAGUAUUUCAUUGCACAGUGGAAAGGCGCUAUAAGAGUGACCACAGCAACGAAUGCAUAAUGCCAAAUACUAGAAAAAUCAUCAAGCGAAAUAAACCAAAAAGAACAACAAUAAAAACGCGUCGAGGUGAAUGUAAAUAAAAGACUGUCCAAAAAUUUCGUUUAUCUGACAAAAAAAAAAAGCAUAAAAACAAAGCAAGUGAAGUCAUCAAUAGCCAACACCAAGCUAAAAUAAAACGAAACGCAACGCGCACAAAGAAAGCAGCAACAGCAUCAACAACAAAAACAACUUUGCUUCGUUUCGUUUCGUUUUUUUUGUAUUUUUUUUAUUUUUGAUUUGCAAAAACUGCCGUCAACAAAAGGGGGCGACGCCCGCGUCGCAGCAUGGAGGACUUCGAUAUUGAUCUGGAUCUAAAUUUCGUGCAGCUGAGCCGGCAACAGUUGCUGCAGCGCUAUACGAACGCCGUGCGCCAGCUGCGCCGUGUGGCCGACGUCAAUUACGGCGUGCGGCCGCUGAGCUUCGAUAACUAUGUGAUCUUUCAGUAUUUCCAGCAGCGCAGCCCCACCCCGCUCUACAAUGCGUCCAGCACGCCGCUGAUGGCCUAUCUGAAGCUGGAGGUGCUGCAUCAUUUGCUCGAUCGCCGGCGCAAAAUCCUGUGCUGGCUCUUCUAUUUGACGCUGAUGUCGCUGUGCGUUGUCGCCUAUCGCUACGAGACGACAAAUGGGGCGAAUAACGGACGCAUGGUGCAGUCCCUGGUGUAUCCGGGCAUGCGAAUGUGGCGCCGGAUGACCAUGCCGCUAAUACAGCGCUUUCCACGGCUCACCGAACUGUACGACGAGUCCUGUUUGAUGGGCAAUCCGUUCUUUCAAGUCGAGGACCUCAGCUGCGGCCCCUGUGCGGAUGUGGAGAACGUCUGGCUGGAGAGCGAUGAGUGCGCCCAGCUGUAUGUCGAUGCUGGUCACAAUGUAACCACACUCAGUCAACAACAACGGCAGCAGCAGCAGGAGCCGGCGACCCUGGCUGGUUAUAAGCAGCUGGCGCUGUUGCAGCAUUGCCGGAAGCCCACGGAGCAUAUGCCCUAUACGUUCCGGAGCAAUCAGCAUGGCUUUGAUUUGGCUGACUUUUACAAGAUCUAUGCGAACAACCUGAAGAUAUUCCAGCGCGACGCAUACCGUGUACACUCGACCAAUCAGGGUGUCCACAAUCUGGAGGAUCUCUUUGGCCAGUUCAAUAGCAGCAGUGCAGCCGUUGAUGAUGUUCUCGGUGCUUCCACAACAUGGUCAACGCAUGCGCACAAUCUGUGGCGCUGCAAUCGCAUGUUGCCCGCCCGUUUAUUGCGACCCAUAUUUGCACGACCACUGCGCUUGCCCAGCAUGGGCGUGGCCCUGGAACGUUAUGUGGCCAUCGAUACGGCACAGGCGCCGGCAUAUACGCUACCCGAAACCGAAUGCCCCAAUGUCUAUGUGCACCAGGCGGUCGGCACACGCUUCAUCAUACUGCGUCCGACCAGCGAAUGUCGCCAGCGCUGUCGCACGCUCUCCAUGCGCCUCACCCAGUCCUUUGUGCUUACUUACAAUUGGCUGUACUGGAAACCGAUUUCGGCGCCCGAUCCCAUAUCGGAGAGCAUGUCCAUUAGCCUCAUCGGCUCCUACUGUUAGGCUGGAAGAGUCCGUUCAAUUGCCACAAACCCGCCCUCCCAUCACCACCAUCAUCAUCAUCAUCAUCGUCACCCUUCACAAUUCUCAGUCAACAUAUUUGUUUGUUAAAUGCCAUGCCAAAUUUUUUCUAACAAAUUUUUGUCGCUCAAUUUGGAAAGAAAAGAAAAAGAAGAAUAUUUGUAGAAACGAAAGCUGUGCGCGCACCCAUUUGAAAUGGGGUCAGCUCUAUUAGCCAUAAGUUCCAUGUCCUAUUUUAUUAUUCCUGUCCCAAUAUACUAUAUACAUAGCUGAUAAGUUGAGCAUAGCGAGUGCCCCGAAAAUUGUUCCCAACAUUUUGUUGGCCACAUUCUGUGUUCUAAUCUGGGGAAAAGUUUAAAUCAUUUUUCGUCAACAAUUGCAUUUAUAUUCAGCUCUAAGUUUGCACUUUUUAUUUUAAAUCAUUAAAUAUAUAUAUAUAUAUAUAUAUAUCUGACAUAUGAAGUAUAUAUAUAUAUAUAUAUAUAUAUAUACAUAGGAUGCCAGCAUAGAAAUUGUCAAUAUGCUUUUUUGAGUUCCCGUUCGAUUUGUUCAAUGCAAAUGUUUGCCAAAUUAACAAUGAAUUAAUAAAUUCUGCAGCUAUAUAUAAAUAAAUGUAUAUAUGCAUGCAUUCACGUAUACAUAUAUGUA